GGGGAGGCCCUGAAAUCCACUGGUUCUUGAGGACUAAUGAUUGUGGCCUUUUUGUCAGAGGAGGAAUCAGUAACCAACUAGGACAAGAAGACAGUAGAGAAACAGGACAGAGAAAGACAAACGGAGAAUAAACCCAUUGGUGGACCAGGCAGAGGUCCUGGAAUAAUCUCACCUAAGAAGCCCAGAGGAAGAGGAAGGAAAGAAGAAUGGCUCUUUCCCAGGGACAGCUGACAUUGGAGGACGUGGCCAUCGACUUCUCCGAGGAGGAGUGGGCGUGCCUGGGGCCUGCUCAGCGGGCGCUCUACAGGGACGUGAUGCUGGAGACCUGCAGGAGCCUGCUGGCCCUGGGAAGCCUUUCUGCUGGAGCUUUAAUCAAGGAACUAUCACAGGACAUUAUCAAAGGAAAAUUACAUCAUCUGUUGAUGUUGGAAAAUAAAAGCCAUGGCCUCAAGGAUUUGGACCUCAUGGAAAUCUGGGAAAAUAUGGAUGCCUCUGAGAGUGCAUGGGAAUAUAAUGGAAGAGAUGAUAAAACAGUGCCUUUGACCCCUAACAGUUGCCCCCAUAGGGAAGAACAGCAUGACAAAUCAUCAGCUGAUGUUGCUCAAAACCAGAGUGUUCCUGCUGGAGACAGUACAGACCAAUGUUUUGAGGACAAGCCACUUGUAAGGAAUUUAUUAAAAGUGAACAAUAGUGUAAAUGAUACUCGAAACAAGUAUAUAAAAUGUUUGGAAACGAGAAUUGGAUCAAGUUUGCAGGCACACCUGACUGAACUGCCGAGCUGUCCGAGUAAGGAGAAAAUUUCUGAAAGCAGCAAAGCUGAGAAGCCUAAGAGCAAUGGCCCCUCAGUUCUGUCCCCUCAAAGGAUUCCUCCAAGUGUCAAAAACAUUUGUAAUAAAUACAAGAAGAUGUUAAAAUAUCCUUUCUUACCUGCAAAAUACAGGCGAACACAUGCUAGAGAAAAAUGUUACAAGUGUAAUGACUGUGGAAAGACUUUCAGCAAAAGCUCCAACCUCACAAAUCAUAAGAGGAUCCAUUCUGGACAGAGGCCUUACAAAUGUAAGGAGUGUGGCAAAGCCUUUAUCCAAGGCUCACACCUUACGAGACAUCAAAGUGUCCACACAGGAGAAAAACCGUACAAAUGUAACAUCUGUGCCAAAGUCUACAGUCGAAAUUCACACCUUAGAAGGCAUCAGCAAAUGCAUGGGACGGAGAAACCUUACAAAUGCGGGGAGUGUGGCAAAGCUUUUACCCAGUCUUCGAAUUUUACUCGCCAUCAGAGAAUCCACACUGGUGAGAAUCUUAACAAGUGUGAGGAAUGCGGCAAAGCCUUUGCUAUCCAUUCAAACCUCGUGAAGCACAUGAAAGUCCACUCUGGAGAGAAACCUUACCUGUGCUUAGAGUGUGGCAAAGCUUUCAAGCACAAGUCAGACCUCACGAGUCAUCAGACAUUACGUCCUGGAGAGAAGCCACACAAAUGUAGCGUGUGUGGUAAGGCUUUUCUCCAGUGUGCACGACUGACAGAGCAUCACAGGAUUCACACGGGAGAAAAACCCUUCAAAUGUAGUAAGUGUGGUGACGCUUUCAUCAUGCGAUCGCAACUUUGGGGGCAUGAGAGAACGCAUGCUGCGAAGCCUUACAAGUGCAGUGAGGCCGGCUGUGGCCAAAGCUUCCUGCAUCAGUCACAUCUCGCGCAACACAAGAUGAGCCACACAGGGCAAAAGCCUCACAAACCCGACGAGAGCAACAAGGACUCAAGUCACCGCUCAAACCUUACUAGACACCAGAAUGCCCAAGCUGGAGAGAAAGCGUACAAAUGCCCUGUGUGCGGCAAAGUCUGUAGUCGGAAGUCACACCUUGUACGACAUCAGAGAAGCCACUCAGGUGGGAAAUCUCACAAAGGUAGUAAGUUGGGUAAAGCUCUUCCCCAAAAUCCGAGCCUUUGGAGUCAGGAGAAGACCCAUGCUGGAGACAAGCCUUACAAAUGCAAUGAAUGUGGCAAGACCUUUGCGAAACGCUCAACCCUCACUACCCACGUAAGAGUCCACACUGGAGAGAAACCCUACAUAUGUAUCGAGUGUGGCAAGGGCUUCAAACAGAGGUCGCACCUCACUAACCACGAAAGCACACAUUCUGAGGAGAAGCCGCACAAAUGCAACGUGUGUGGCAAGGCUUUCAUCCAGAGUUCAAGGCUGAUGGAGCAUCACCGAAUUCACACGGGAGAGAAACCUUACAAGUGCAGUCGAUGUGAUAAGGCUUUUAUCAAACGCUCACAACUCUGUAGCCACGAGAGAACACACACCGGAGAGAAGCCUUACAAAUGUAAGGAGUGUGGCAAAGCCUUCAGUCACGACUCCAACCUUAUCCGACACCACAGAAUCCACACGGGAGAGAAGCCGUACAAAUGUAAUGUGUGCGGAAAAGUCUGUAGUCGAAAUUCUCACCUCGUGAGUCACCAGAAGAUACACGCUGGAGGGAAACCUUACAAAUGUGUUGAAUGUGGCAAAGGCUUUACAGAUCAGUCAGCCCUCAUGGCUCAUAAGAACAUCCACACUGGAGAGAAACCGUACAAAUGCGAUGAGUGUGGCAAAGCUUUCGCUCAAUUCAGAAAUGUUACAAAGCAUCAGAAAAUACAUAAUAAAAAGAAACGUUAAAAUACAUGGCCUUGUUUUCCUGCAAAAUGGAAACUUUGGGCAUCAACAGAAUUCAUGGCAGGGAGAAACUUCAAACAGAAUGAUUGAGACAACACUUACGUAUUCAGGCUCAAGCUGAACGUCCCCGGCAGAGAGAAGCCCCACAAGACCAUGCACGUGGUAAGGCUUAUCCCCAGGGCGCCACCUCACUAGAAAUCAGCAUAUACAUAUUUGAGAGAAACCACACAGGCAUAAUGAAUGGCAAGGCUUAUGCCAAAUUUACACAUUGUGGAAUGUAACAAAAUUCACCCUGGAGAGAAGCUUCACAUAUACAAUGAAGAUGAUCUGCCUUUGCACAACUGUACAACUUUCAGUCACUGAAAAAUUCACGUAAAAUGGGAAGCGGACAAAUGUGUCAAGACCUUUAGGGAGUGAACUCAGGAUACGCUUAAUUGAUUCUGGACAGAAGCAUAAUGAAAGUGACUUUAAUUCUGUCAGUAGACAACACGAGAAAAUUCAUAUUAAGGGAAACUAAAUCUAGUACUUUCGAAGAUUCAACCCACCUCAGAUGUUAAAUUCCACAAAGCAGCAUUAAAACUAGUGAAAACACAUUAGGUAACAUCGCUAAUGGAACAAGGACAUCUGUAGAAAGGUCUAAUAUUCAGUUUGUUUUCACUCAGUUACUUGAGUCUUCUUGAAAAUGCUGUACUGACAACUCACAGCUUGAAGUUUUAAAUCUGAUGUUAUACUCACUGCAUGCUUCCCAUAUGCCACUGGUGGGAAGGGACUGGUAAGAGGAAAGGACCUAACUCAGUAAUGGGGUUACUCACACCCAUGUAACCUCAAGAAUAGAACACUAGCUUGUAGACAGACAAUGGUCUAAAUCUGAGGCCUUAGGGUGUAGCAGACAAUAGAUGUAAAAUUAUGAUAUAAAUGAAUGUUUUCUGUGGUUAUGGCCCCAGCUCUAGAGUUGCAGUGUGACUGAGCACUUCUGCUGCCAGUCACAGGAAAGGAUUACUCUGCCAGAUGAUCAGGACGUUCAGAGAAAGAGGUUUUCAUGUGAGUAGACGGACUAGCUAGUGUGGAUUACUAGGUAUAGCAUGUUUGGUAGGGGAAAAAAACAAAGAGGAAUGAUGAUAGUAUUAAAAGGUAAUAGCUGCUAUAGAAUCACAGAUUAGUGAAAAGUAGCUUUUUGGAAGCUGAAUACACAGUUAAUACAGGACGGUGCUUGCAAGGGAUUCAAUGCUGACAACUGAAAUGCAUUUUGACACCAUUGUACUUGAAUAUACAUGUCAUGUCUAAAUAAGUAAAUACUUUUUGUAACUGGAUGAUCAUGUCCCUUCUAUUAAUCUAAAAAUAUCCUACUUCAUUGGGGGUACUUACUGAACAAGAGUAAAUCGUAUGGUUCUCUAGAUUGUUCUCUAUAACAAUGGUAUCUGUAAUAAUUUCCACAUUAAAUAUGAGCAGUUUGCAUCUGAAAAUAUGUAUUUCUAACUAGCAUUUGAGCUAUCACUCCACAGCAUAUCCCAGAUUAUUUGUGGCUAGAAUGACAUUACCACAGCAGUUCAAUUUCUGCCUCCCCAGUUGUGAAUAUAUGCUACCUGCUUAGAUUUAUGUGAACCCUUAUUUGUGGUAAAGUAAGACCUAUCAUUUGCACCCUUACAUGAAAUACACAUAGAAUUUUUUUUUUUUUUUUAAAUGUCAGAAAUGAGGGGGAGAAAUUAUGUGCCUGCUUUGCCCUGGGACACGAUUUGAAAAGACCAGUAUUCAUGAGAAUAAAAUGAUCACAAUGGGAACUUGAAAAUAUUGCUGGUGAACUAGAAUUCUCAUGGAUUCACCCUCCGAGAUGUUGUUUUGUUAGUUUACACUCAAUAGACAGGAUGGAGCCCCACUCAGAGCUCCACGUGAUGUCAGAGCUGAUAGUGCCAUUCGCUCAAGUGUUCAGAGUGUUUAUUACUUUCAGGACUUUCCAAGUUGUUCCAAAAAUGACUGAUGUGUGACCGCCGUGUUAUGGCAGAGACCAGAUGGGGACAGAGUGGUGGAACUUGUCAACUGACUGGAGGAAGGGAAAGAGCAUUUCGGCUUUAUCAUCAAGGUGCCUGUCACAUGGGCAGAGCAGAACGAAGUUGUGUUGAGGCUUAAAAUGUCAGUCAUCACAUUUGAAGAUUCUUUAAAACAUAAUGCUUACUCUCGAAACUCCUGACUUACUGGUUGGGAAAAACUAGUUUUCAUCAUGCUAAUAACAGCUGAAAUGUCAUCAUGCUAAUAACAGCAAAGAAAUGUCCAAUCUGCAGCAUGAACAUACAUGACAUAUGUAACACAGCAAUCAAAAGAAAGCAAGAAUGUCUAUAUUAUGUCAGAUGUAAUUGUUUUCAGAGGAAAUAAAAUUACUGAGGGAAAUUACAAUAUGAUAAAUGGGUCAUCUGCCAAGAUGACAUAGAAACCCUAAGUGGCUAUGCACUAAAGAACACAUGUCCACCAUUUCUGAAGAAACAGUUCAUAAAACUCAUGGGAAAAAUAGACGAUUUCAUAACUGCAGUUUGUACUUUAAUGUAUCUCGAUAACUGAAAAAACACAGAAAAUCAGCAGGGCAUGGAUAAUUCAACAACACAGGGUCCGAUCAACAUUUUUAGAACACCGCACAAAAAAUAGCAGAUUACAUAUGCUUUUCACUGACAUUAGCAAGCUAGGUCAUACCCUCUGCCAUAUAAUACCCCUCAACAAAUUUAGAAGACUGGGAACAACACAGAACACGUUCUUGGCCUACAACGGACUCCAACUACAAACCAAAAGUAGCAAAAAGGGACCUCUCCAAAUACUAGAAAACCAAACAGCAUACCUGUUCAGGAAAAGUCGUCAUCAAUGUGGGUUUCAUGCCAAAUUGGGGUGG